AUGGCAGACGAGGAUCAAAAGAUAUUGGAACAGAUUGCGAAGCUGGCUGGUGCAAUCAACCGCCACAAGAAUAGCACACAGGAAGCUCUGAGUGGGAGCGCAUACAGACCUCAAUCUGCGCCGCCUCUUCAUCCUCCUGGACAUCAUAAGACGUAUACACGGUCUCAGCAGACGACGCCGUAUACUCGUCCUGCGCCGCCACGGGGUAGUGCUCCUGCUUCACGGCAUCGUACGCUCGUAGUCAAUCAGCCUAAAGCCAAAGAUGAGGAGAGUACUGGAGCAGCUGCGGGUGGCAAGUGGAUUCAGAAAAAGGAUCGACAUAUGCAGCUUAUCAAUGCCGACGUUUAUGACAAGAAAGUCACGGCGAGGACGAAGGCCAUCGAGGAGACGAGGGUGAAUAAGGAGAAGAGGAAGGCUGAGAAGAGGGAGAAGAGGGAGAGAGCCCAGCUUGAGAAGUUCUUCGGAGGGAAUGCCGAGACGGCGGAGAAGAGGGAGGUUAUGGUCAAUGGGUUUAAGUAUAGGUUACUUCUUGAUGGGAGUAAGUUGUUGAAGAGUGCAGACGUACCGCCUGGAGUGGCACUGCCGAAGAAGACGAUUGUUGGUGGUGUCACGUUUAUCCGCAGUAAGAGCGGGAACUAUUGGAGAUACGGGGUUGUGAAAGCAAAGAGAUCGCUAAAGAAGGUCGACAAAUUGUGCACGUUCUUUACACGGACCGGUAAAUGUCGCCGUGGGCUGUCGUGUCCAUACAUUCAUGAUCCGGAAAAGGUGGCUAUCUGUCCCUUGUUCAUGAAGGACUCAUGUCCGAAUGGUGAUGCAUGUGACUUGUCGCAUCGACCAACUCCGAAUAGGGUUCCAACAUGCCAAUACUUCCUCCGUGGUUACUGCCAAAACGGCGAUAACUGCAAAUAUGCACAUGUUAGAGUGAGUCCGACUGCGCCUGUAUGUCCUGAUUUUGCCGUGCUUGGGUAUUGCGAGAAAGGAGCGGACUGCAAGGAGAAGCAUGUCAAAGAGUGCCCGGAAUUUGCGGAAAAGGGAACCUGCUCGAAUGUGAAGUGCAAGUUGCCACAUAUUGAUCAUGCGGGGAGGAAGAAGAAGAGGGAGGAGGCGAGGGAGAAGCGGGCUGCUGCUGCUGCUGCUGCUGCUGAUGCGAAUGUCGUAAUGGACAUGGACAGCGGAAGUGACAGUGAUGAGGAGGAGACUGACGAUGAAGAGGAGGGUGAUGAUGAUGAGGACUUUGAUUCGGAUGAUGCGGAGGAUUGGGAAAUGCACGAGGAGAACGAGACACAGUUCAAAAGCAACGAAGAUUUCAUUCGUUUUUAA